CUCCAAAGACUCGAAAGAACAUUCAAAUCGCACUACGUUCGUAUGCUCCAAAAACUCUCUGAUUUUCCUCACUCCUCCUGCUCUGUAAUGAUGAUGGUGAUGAGAACAAGAACACCCAAUUUGUGAAUUUACCUUGGGAGGGCCAUAAGUUCUCCAUUUCGACUGAUCUUUCAGCCGGCUCCUUCUCCCUUUCGUCUGCUCUCCCCUCGUGACCAUUUCUGCAUAAACUCUCUCUCUCACGCGCCAGCGCGCCCACAUCUUUGUUUGCGCUCUAGAUUUCGACCGGCUCGCUGUCUCAAGUUCCAUGUGGGUGUGCCCUCCCUCCAAUUAUAGAAUUUAUGCAGGGUGAAGUUGCAUGCUCUUCGUUCAUUUUGUAUAAGCCUUGCCUUUAUUAGCAAGUGGCACUCUCAUUAAAGUUGUUUGGUUCUAGGCUCCCCCCUCCUUGUUCUUGCCAACCAAGUAUGUUUUUGUCUUGUACUUCUUGUUGGCUAUUCUUUCUGGGUUUAGGGUUUUAGGGGCCUCUCAUUCCCAAACUUGUCAUGCCUUUCUCAUAGCCAUAGCCAAAGCCGAGAACCAAGAACCAACCAGAGACCCAACCAAUUCAAAGUCAGCCUCAGUUUUUCCGACCGACCCAAUUCAAAGUUCUCACAUGCAGAUUAAGAAUUCUUGCUCUUCUGUAACUCAGACAUAGCAAGCAACAGUUUUUGGGAUUCCUGUUCUGACCUCACCGGCCGCCGCGAUGUCUUCGUGCUUGAGCGGAGGUGGCAGGACGUACCAGUUCGAUCUGGAAAUCAUCAGCAAGUCCCGUUGGGUAUCGGCGUCUCGAGCAUCGUCGCCUCCUUCUUCUUCGUCUUCGCCUGCUUCGACUCUCUCGGAAUCAAGCAAUUCUCCAAUCUCAAUCUCCACCAGAAGAACACGCACGCCACGAAAACGGCCGAAUCAGAUUUACAACGAAGCGGCCGCUCUGCUCUCCACCGUCUACCCCAACAUCUUCUCCGCUAAGCAUCUCGAGAAGCCCCGGAAAUUCGCCAAUUUCGAGGACUACUUCUCCGAUGAAUCCUCCGAUUUGCUGUUACCUCUUCCGGGCUUUGAGGCGGCCAGCUUCUUACUCCGCCAGCCGGUUCCGGCCAAAUCGGAUCCCCGAAUCGAGCCGAAGUGUUCCCCACGGUUUCCUGAAAAUCAAUGCGGCAACAUCAAGAGCAUAUCGAAGUCGCCCCAAUUGGACGAUGAGUUCAACGACGGCGACGAAUUCGAUGCGGAAUCAAUCCUCGACGAAGAGACCGGCGAAGGAAUCGACAGCAUCUUGGGGAACCUGAGCGCGAGCGCCGCCGCGAGCGACGAAGCCGAAGCGACGGCGAGCUACGGGAUUCCAGUUGGGUUGGGGUUCGGGACGAGGAAGGGGAUCAGGCCGCUGAAGCGCGUCGGCGAAGCAAGCUGGUGGAAUUUCUCCACUGUCGACGUCGUCGAGAUCUCUCCAAAACUCAACAACAGAGCAUCGGAUUCGAAUUUGGUGGAUAAGAAGCAGAAGAACAAGAACAAGAAGAAAGCUGUAAAGACUCCGCCGCAACCGAAAACCCCUACGUCGGCGGCCGCCUCCGCCACCGCCGCAGCGAGGGAGCAGCCGAAGUCCGGCGGCUUGAUGCUGAAAUUGAAUUACGACAGCGUGUUAGAUGCUUGGUCCCGCUGUGGCCGGUCUUUUUCCGGCGAGAGCCCCGUCCCCGACGUGCCGGCCGGGCUGGCGGAUUUCGAUUCGUUUGCGAAGAAUGGAACGGAGAGGGAAGGCACGGGGCCGCGCUGCAAGGAAAAGCGUCCUGCACGCCUCUUCUCCAAGAAGGUCGAGUUCCAGGUCAAGAAAGCACACGCCAAUGAAAGGCCGAGAGUGAAGGGGCGUUUCGUGAGAAGGCCAGAUUCAAGCGGUAGCGACCCAAAAUGAUGGACAAGUCCAGUUUGGCUGAGAAUCAUCAACAGUUUUGGGCCCUCUUCACAUCCCAUACUCUCUUUUUUCUUAUAGUUGUCAUUGAGGGUUCGGGAGUACAUUCGAUGAGUUCAAAACGAGAUACAAAUUUGGUCGAGCAAUUUCAAUUUGAAGCUCGUGAUGUUUCAUGA